AAAUCGUUGGGGCGUUCAGUUGGUAAAAGUGUUGCGUUGCGUAUGGUUUGAGCUGAAACUAACGCAAGUGUUUUCAAAUCACAAAACAUACAUAUAAUUGAAUAUAUUUUUUACGUUUGCUACACAAACGUUCAAAAGGAACUGUGCAUAAUAAGAUUAAAAAAUCUCCAGAGAUAUCUAUACAAUAAAAAUAAAUUCACUGGUGUAUAUAGCAGCUGUGUGUACAGCAAAAAAGCAACAAAAAGCUCUGGAAGAAGUGUUGGACAGUUAAAUAAAUCAACCACUAGAAGAUGUCACUGUUGCGUACUGUUUUGUUGUUGGCAUUCGGUGCCACCGUCGCCUUGGCUCAACGUCGUCUCGCAUUGCCGGAUCCACGCAGUUGCGCCAAUCGUGUACGCCAUGCCACGUACCGUGAUGCACGCGGCGUAGCGCACUCGUACUUCUUCAGUUGGGAACAUGCGCCGACGCGUAGUCUGGAAGUCGACUGGUUGGAUGCGCGCAACAUUUGCCGUCGCCACUGCAUGGACGCCGUCUCGCUGGAAACACCGCAAGAGAAUGAGUUCAUCAAGCAGCGCAUAGCGCGCGGCAAUGUACGCUAUAUUUGGACAUCGGGACGCAAGUGCAAUUUCGCUGGCUGUGAUCGUCCCGAUUUACAGCCACCAAAUGAGAACGGUUGGUUCUGGUCGGGUUCGGGCGCCAAAAUCGGACCCACCUCGCAACGCAACACCGGCGACUGGUCACACACCGGCGGCUACAAUCAACCACAACCCGACAAUCGUGAGGCUGCACAGGGCAACGACGAGUCGUGCUUGUCGAUUUUGAAUAACUUCUACAACGACGGACUCAAGUGGCACGAUGUGGCUUGCCAUCACUUGAAGCCGUUCGUGUGCGAGGACUCCGAUGAGUUGUUGAACUUUGUGCGUUCACGCAACGCUGGUAUACGGCUGUAAGGUAACUCCCCCCACUGGUUGCUAAGGAUGUGUCGAUUUUACUGUUGCUGGGUUUGUCAUGGUAUGGUAUGUAGUAACGUUUCUGGACGCAUGCUCGUUAUGUGGAUUGUGACUUGUGGCACGUGACAUUUGUUGCUGUUUUUGUUUAUGUUUAUGUUUUAUGAUUUAUUUGUAUGCUAAUUUGUAAAGUUUUUUGUUUAAGGCUUAAACGAUUCUUUCUCAAUUGGCUAGAAAUUUUCGAAGGUUUGAACAAAACACUGUUUUAGUUUUAGUUUAAGUGAAAUUUGAAAUUAAUUUAUGUUAAAAUUAUGAAUAAAAACGAAAAAAUAUAUUUGUUGAAAAUA